AUGCAAUUGAUUAAUUUGAGUGGAGAUGGUGGCGUCUUGAAAGAGAUUGUAAGGAGAGCCAAACCUGAUGCUAUUUCAAUUUCACCUUCUGUUGAUCUCUCUGCCUUCACUAUGACUAUGAGGGUACGUACACUGGCUGAAGACGGACAUGUCUUUGACACUACACGCGAAGACAAUCUUGUCUUCUCCUUUGAAUUAGGAUCAGGCAUUGUUAUCCGUUCAUGGGACAUUGCACUUAAGACCAUGAAGGUUAUAAGUUGGAAAAAAAUUACAUGUAAGCCAGAAUAUGCUUACGGAAUCCCGACAUUCCACCUAAGUAUUGCUACUUUGAUAUUCGAAGUGGAAUUGGUUGCUUGUAGACCGAGGAAAGGUUCUAGUGAGGAAGUUGGCAGAGAUCUGAAGAAGCAGAGAGAUAUUGCUGCGGCUGCUAGGAAGGAUGAUAAGAAGAAGAGAGAAGAAGCAAAAGCUGCUGCAGCUGCUAGGAUUCAAGCUAAGCUAAACGCUAAGAAAGGUCAACGCAAAGAAAAAGGUAAAGGCAAAACUAAAUAA